AUUAUCUUUGUUUUAGAUAAGGCUAUCUAAUGUUAAAUUCUGGUCAUUCUGCCUCAAAACAGAUAUACCAGAAAUAGGAGUCUCGGACUCUGAAAACUAGAAGGUAACAAUGACUUCACCAAAUAAAGCACUAGAACUACAGCUGCAAAUGAAGCAAAAUGCUGAAGAGCUGCAUGAUUUUGUGAGAGAAUUAGAAAGCUGGGAAAAAGAUGUUAAGCAGAUGGAUUCUGAAUUGAGGAAACAGAGUGGUGCCCCAGAAGAGAAUUUACCACCAAUUCGAAAUGAGGCUUAUAAGAAAAAGAAGAAGAGCAAAGCUAAAAUACCUUCUAAGAAAACCACUGAGGAAAACAAAAAAAACAAGAUAAAAUCUUAUGACUAUGAAGCAUGGGGAAAGCUUGAUGUGGACAAAAUACUUGAAGAACUUGAUAAAGAAGAUAGUACCCAUGAUUCCUUAUCUGCAGAAUCGGACUCUGAAGAAGAUGGAAUUCAUAUAGAUGCAGAAAAAGCUCUUGCAGAGAAAGAAAAGGGCAAUAUGUACUUUCAACAAGGAAAGUAUGAUGAAGCAAUAAAAUGUUACACAAAGGGGAUGAAUGCUGAUCCGUACAAUCCAGUCCUCCCUACAAACAGAGCAUCUGCUUUCUUCAGAAUGAAAAAGUUUUCUGUUGCUGAAUCUGACUGCAAUUUAGCACUUGCACUAAAUAAGAAUUAUACAAAGGCUUAUUCCAGGAGAGGAGCUGCUCGCUUUGCUUUGCAAAAUCUUGAGGGGGCCAAAGAAGAUUAUGAAAAGGUUUUAGAACUGGAUCCAGAUAACUUUGAAGCAAAAAAUGAACUCCAGAAAAUCGAUCUGGCUCUAACAUCAAAAGAAAAUUCACAACAAAACGAAACUGAAGAUGUUGGAAAGAAGCUUGAAUUAACAGAAGAAGAAAAGAAACAAAUAGAAGAGCAGCAGCUCAAGCAGAAGGCAAUAGCAGAGAAAGAUUUGGGAAAUGGAUAUUUCAAAGAGGGAAAAUAUGAAGCAGCAAUUGAAUGUUAUACACGUGGUAUAGCAGCAGAUGGCACCAAUGCACUUCUGCCAGCUAACAGAGCUAUGGCCUAUCUAAAGAUUCAAAAAUAUGAAGAGGCAGAAGCAGACUGCACACAAGCUGUACAACUAGAUGUUUCCUAUUCUAAAGCUUUUGCUAGAAGAGGGUCUGCCAGAGCAGCACUAGGAAAGCUAAAAGAAGCUGUGCAAGAUUUUGAAACAGUUUUGAAGUUGGAACCUGGCAAUAAACAAGCAAUAAAUGAACUAACCAAAAUACAGAAUGAAUUAGUUGAGAAAGGGCUGUGGACUUACCAGGAAUGUCCUGAACCAUCCGCAGAAGAAACAGAAAUACGAAGCCUGGUACAGCCCAUUGAUAAACCCGUACAUCUUCGAUCCACUAAACCUUUGAGAAGAAUAUUCAUUGAAGAAGUAGAUGAUGAGAUGCAGAAUAUUGAUGUGCCUGACACUAUUACUUUAGUCAAUAAUUGGAUUAAUUCUACGAGCGUAGAAACAACAAAGAAUCCAAGUCAAGAUGACCUCUUAACCACAUCUGAUACUCCUAGAGCAAAACAAUUGAAAAUAGAAGAAAUCGGUGAUAUACCAGCCUUCCAACCUCCUACCGGUGUGAAAGAUAUGCCAUCAGCUACACCUCAAUCGUCCAGUCUGAUAAAUCAUCUAGAAGAAGAAAAAGCAUUACUUCCUGCGUCUACAUCUGAUGUCCCUGCAAUCCCUGCAAAUUCAUUCCAGCUUGAAUCUGAUUUCAGAAAAAUGAAAGGCUGCCCAGAUAAGAUGUACAUGUAUCUAAAGCAAAUAGAGCCUUCACUUUACCCUAAGCUGUUCCAAAAAUCCUUAGAUCCAGAUGUAUUUAACCAGAUUUUGAAAAUUCUGCAAGACUUUUACAUUGAGAAAGAGAAACCAUCUCUCAUCCUUGAAAUUCUCCAGAGGCUAUCUGAAUUAAAAAGAUUUGAUAUGGCAGUGAUGUUUAUGUCAGACUUGGAGAAAAAAACUGCACAUGUAUUGUUCAGUCACAUGAACCAGUCAGGAUUGGAGGAUAAUUCUGUUGAAGAGUUGAAGAAGAAAUAUGGUGUUCAGUAUUAAUGAGAUUACUGAUGUUACAUAUUUAUAAAUGUAAACUAGUCUGAUCCCGCACCUCUUCUCUGAGCUACUUGUACUGAAGUCAGUGAAAGAGUUACAUCCAUGAAGUUGCAUUUAUGUAGAUAAUGAAAUCCUUAUACCAGACAAAACCAAAUGGCAAGUACCUAGAAAAAAUAAUGUUCUAUGCCCCAAUUCUGCAAUUGUGCCCGUUAUUUCAGAGCCCAGUGGCACCAGGAGGACUCUUCCCCAGGCUUAAGAGUCCACUUGAGUAGAUUGAGUUGCAGGCUAAAGGCUGUAGCCGGACAGUUAUUCAGAAAUAAAGUUAAGUAUUUAUAAAUGUGGGUUUUGGUAAGAAUAAUUUGGUAACUUGAUUAUUAAAAGAUCAGCAUUAAUUUUAUUUUGGGAAAUAAACUUAACAGUAUUUAAUUCAAAAUAUCAAAAUUGGCUGGUAUAAUCUAUUUUUUAACAUAAAAUGUACUAAUUAAUGAACUUACAUUUCUCAGGCUAAAUUGUUACUUAUCUUUAAAUAGAUGCCACUCAGGACAAUAUGAAAACGUCAUCUGAUGCUCAGCAAACUUGGGGUCUGAUGGCCAGGAAAUUCCAAAUUUCUUUAGCUGAGAUUACCGUAAAGCUGAGUUCUAGGCACUGAUAGCUGAGAUGCCCCAGUGAACCUCACUAUCUGCAGUAGUACAAAAGGAAUCCCUCUUAAAUAACUAGGUUCCAGACAAUGUGAGAUUUUUAAAAUAGUCACUAAGACCCUGAAUUGCACCUGUGGCUGAAUGAAAAUAUAGAAAUAUGAAUGUAUAUUGCACCAUACAGAGAGCACAAUUCUUAACAGUCCUAUUAGUCCAUCCCCUUUACAAGCUGGUAGCUAUGCAGUGUUUCUUUUUAUAUUGAGUUUUAACUAAUUAGUAUUGAGAUUUCUUCUUCUAUUGAAAAAAGGUCUUAUUUGCCACCCUUUCAAUAGGACUUGUGCUCUUAAGUCAUUUAGAUGCUUUGAAAAUCCCACCCUUUAUCCUAUUACCUACUCACACGAGGUCCACAUUCAAGUUGUACAGGCAAACUUAAUUCUGGCAAUUUCUAACUUUUGAGCGCUUGAUUUUUCAACUUCAGUGUUGUUUUAAGUUACUCUUUGUAAAAAUCAGACAAGCUAACAAACCAAUAAAAUCUAAUAACAA